GCUUCACACGACAAGUGCAAAUUGAACUGCACCGAGAAGUCGUUUUUUAUGAGAGGGGCGGACGUUAAAGACACUUUCAACAGGGAGAGUAAUUAAAACUUUGCUACAUUGUGUUGGUUAUUGGUGAUAUUGGCAGGUUAUGAAAUGUUCAUUGAUUUUAGAAUAUGGAUAGUUGGAUCUGAAUCUAUAGAUCCAAUUGCUUAUAAGCAUCUACAAAAGCUUACAGAUGAUCGUGGAACGAACGCUAUAUGUGAAAGGUCAAUCAGCAGAGAAGCAAAAUGCAUCACAAAACUGAUAACGAAUCAUUUGUAAAUAAAUAUCAGUACCGAACCAACUAUACAAUGGGAAGGAGCUGUUUGGUGCCCAAGAUUCUAGCCGUUUGUCUCGUUACGAUACCGUGCCCCGUAACCGGUUGGUACUACAACUGCUUCGUAGAUUCAACGACACUGCUCAACGAUGGCUGCAGUUUGAAGGACAUCGUCAUCAGCAAGAAUACCAAUGCAGAGGACAUUUAUUUUCCGCCAACAAACAUUAAUUUUUUCGUUUCCAAUUUUUCCUCUUUCUCGCCGGCCUUGGGAGUGCGGUUGGCAGAAGAAACGGAGAGUGUCAACUUCUACAACUGUCAAACCCCCACGCUAGCCAUCCCAGUUACGCUGCGAAGACUUGGAAUAUUUUUCAAUAAUCUGUAUAAAGUGUUCUCGAACUAUCGACAGCCGAAUCAGUUGGAAUAUUUGAGUAUAGUGGGAGCCCGCAUCACCGAAGUUCGCUUCGUCGAGGUCCUGAAUCAGUUGCGAUUUCUCCGUGUCCAAAGUAAUCCGCUUCGAUUCGUCAAUUUUGAACGGUUUCGUAAUCUUACACAACUGGAGAUUAUUGAUCUGAGAGAUAAUCAGAUCAGCAACAUCGAUCCGGGAUCGGGUCAGUUGGAGCUGCCGAAUUUAAAAGAGCUGCAUCUGAGUGGAAAUUAUCUGAUCGAGCUGGAUGGCAGUUUCUGGAACCUUUCCAGUUUAAGUGUCCUGAGAAUUCAAACGAACUUCCUGCAAACACUGAAUGUUCAGGCUCUGAGCAAAACAAUGCCUUUGCUAAGUGAAAUUAGUCUAAGUCGUAAUCCUUGGAACUGCAAACGACUGAAUGAUAUCGUAGGUUAUUUAGCUGUUCGUAAGGUAAACUACUUGGAGGACGGAGUUAGGUUAGGUUGUAAUUCGUUCGACUACGUAGAGUAUUUAUGUUUUUCGGGACAGGAUGACAUUACUAGAAGUGUGGAAAUGCUGGAAAAUCUAAAUGAAAGCGGGGCGCAGUAUUAUCAAGACGCUAAAUCGGUUGAACUUGAAGAUACAAUUAAGCGAAAUGAAGAGCUACUGCGUCAUAUGGAAGAGUUGAGAGUAGGUAUAGAAAAAUUGCAUACUAAAAUUAGUUCUUUGAAAUCUUCGAUACAUCGGAAUGACUAGAAUAAUAAUAUUCACUCUAUUGAAGGACAUAAAAAUCUAUUAAUUCGACUAUCACAUCACUGUACUUGCAUCGACACACAGAGUAGUAAAUGAAAAAUCAAAAUCUGAUCAAAAUUAAAAAAACAUUUCUUACACAUAUUACUGCACUGUUUGAUUAUUCACUAGUUUACAGGAUUCAUGCGAAUUAGGUACCAAAUUUAAGUGAAUAGUUUUGGUCCAAAGAUAUACCAAACCUAUAAGACCUAUUACUAAUACAAUUGUAUCCAAAUACUAAAAAAUAGCAGCAAAACAAUGAACAAACAUUAAGUUUUGGAGUUAUGAAAUGUUACCUUUUCUGUUUCGACAACUUAUCACAGUACACGAAAAUCAUCUCUCUCGUAUCAGACAGUUUCUGUUCCAUUCUCCAUUCUAAACAGUUUCUGUUGUUCUGUCUUCGAUAGCCUCAUGAACAUAAUAAUUUAGCUGAAUAAUAUAGGAUAUAAUCAAUGUAGAAGCAGCAAUAUUCGUAUAUUCGUAGAAUGAAUAAUAAAAUGCAUCAUUCUUUUCUUCAUUAGCUGCUAUUUAAUUUUUUUCAU